AUGGAGCUGGGGCAGCCCAGUGUGGUGCUCCAGCAUCUGUGGCCACGGCUACAGGCAGCAUCAGUCACGCAAUGGGUUGUACCAGUGGCCACUGGAGGAAGAGGGAUGAACUCCUAUGGGGGAAGACAGACCAUGGCCAUGGGACUAGACAAUGGCUCAGGCAACGGUGGUAGUGAAAGACUAAAAAUUAAUAUUUUAUUCCAGUCUCCUUUUUUCCCAACAAAUCUCACAGUUGUGAUUCAAUUUAUACUUACUGUGUUUUCUACCAAUCAAAACAUGCACAUUUUGCAUCCAGUGCUGUUCUUGUUGGUCUACUUGUGUGCCGUGCUGGGGAAUAUCCUCAUUAUCAUGAUCACAACUUUGGACCAUCAUCUUCACACACCCAUGUAUUUCUCCUUGAAGAAUUUAUCCUUCUUGGAUCUCUGCCUUAUUUCAAUCACAGCCUCCAAAUCCAUUGCCAACUCCUUAACACAAACCAAAUCCAUUUCAUUCCUUGGCUGUGUUGCCCAGGUAUUUCUGUCACUUUUUUCAGCAUCUGCAGAGCUGCCCCUCCUCACAGUGAUGUCCUUUGAUCACUAGGCUGCCAUAUGCCAACCCCUACACUAUGGAGUCCUAAUCAUCAGAGGCAAGUGUGUGCAGACAGCAGCUGUGUCUUGGCUGUGUGGGGGUCUGAUAGCUGUGAUGCACUCAGCCAGUACCUUCUCCUUAUUGCACUCUGGGUCCAGCAUGGUCCAUCAAUUACUCUGUGAUAUCCCUCAGUUAUUAGCUAUUUCUUGCUCAGAAAACUUAAUAAGAGAAAUUGUGCCCAUCCUCAUUAAUGUCGUGUUUGAUUUCUGCUGUUUUAUAUUCAACAUUAUUUUCUAUGUUUAUGUUUUCUCUACCGUCAAAAGGAUUCCAUCCACAGAAGGAAAGUCAACAGUCUACUCCACUUGCCUUCCACACGUGGUGGUGGUUGUAUUAUUUCUGUCCACUGGUUUCAUUGCUUAUCUGAAGUCAACUUCAGAGUCCCCUUCAGAUUUUGACCUUGUUAUUUCUGUGUUUUACACUAUGAUGCCCCCAACCCUAAGUCCCAUUAUAUACAGUCUAUGAAACAAGGCUAUGAAGAUGGCUCUGGAAAUGUUGAUAAAAGGAAAGCUCACCAAAAAGUAA